GGGGCCGCGGCCGCUCGCUGGCUCCUGGCGCGGCCGGGCCUGAGCGCCGAGCCCCGGCUCCGACAUGUCCGGCAAGAUCGAGAAAGCAGUAAAUAACCCUGUGAGAAUAGUAAAUAGAGCUCCACCCCAGCGAAGCAGCGUGAAGAGUUCAAACGCUGGAAGAUGACUCUGUAGACACACACAAACGCGGUGCGGUUCCGUGUACAAUAGAACAGAAAGGCCAAAAAUACCACACAAAACCCAAACGCUGCGCAGCGUAGAGACCCGGCCUUGCAACACACUGAACUCCCAGUGAAGAACUCAAGACAUCAUGCAGGAUCCGUGCCCAGAUUCUGAGCGUUCCCAUCUCUCCUCGUUCACCAUGAAGUUGAAGGGCAAGUUUCAUUCACCAAAAAUAAAGAGAACUCCUUCCAAGAAGGGAAAGCAAGCUGACCUGACAGUGAAAACACCAGAGAAGUCAGUGAACAAAAACGUAUCAUGGCUAGAGGAGAAGGAGAAGGAGGUCGUCAGUGCGCUGCGCUACUUUAAGACGAUUGUGGACAAAAUGGCAAUUGAUAAGAAAGUAUUAGAGAUGCUGCCAGGCUCAGCAAGUAAAGUGCUGGAAGCCAUCCUGCCCCUGGUGCAAACUGACCCACGCAUCCAACAAAGUUCUGCCAUCUCAUCCUGCUACAGCCGUGUGUACCAGAGCCUGGCCAAUCUCAUUCGCUGGUCUGAUCAAGUGAUGCUAGAAGGUGUGAAUUCUGAAGACAAAGAGAUGGUGACAACUGUUAAAGAUGUCAUAAAAGCUGUUCUGGAUGGAGUUAAGGAGCUGGUCAAACUGACGAUUGAAAAGCAGGAGCAUCCCUCUCCCACAAGCCCUGUUAAACCCAGCUUACCAGCAUGUAAAUCUGAUAGCCCAUCAGAACUUCCCCUUACAGACCGAGAAAUGGAGAUCCUGAGCAAAACAACUAAUAUGACUCAAUCGAAUGAGCUACUGACGGACUCCAUGGAUGAAGAGGUUGCACCUCCUAAACCCCCUCUGCCUUGCAUUCGUGUGGCAGAAAACAGUCCUCCUCCAGCCUUGCCCCCUAAAAAACGGCAGUCGGCGCCUUCCCCAACCAGAGUGGCAGUUGUGGCCCCCAUGAGUCGAGCCACCAGUGGAUCUAGUUUGCCUGUUGGAAUCAACAGACAGGAUUUUGAUGUUGACUGCUAUGCCCAGAGAAGGUUGUCAGGUGGCAGCCACUCUUAUGGGGGAGAAUCUCCUCGCCUCUCACCGUGCAGCAGCAUUGGCAAACUCAGCAAGUCUGAUGAGCAGCUCUCUUCUCUGGACCGUGACAGUGGUCAGUGCUCCCGCAACACAAGCUGUGAAACAUUAGAUCAAUCAGAUCACUAUGACCCAGACUAUGAAUUCUUGCAGCAGGACCUCUCGAAUGCUGAUCAGAUACCUCAACAGGUGCCAGGUAUCCUCAGCCCCUUGCCAGAGUCCCUGGGUGAGUCUGGCUCCCCUUUCCAUGGACAUGCUUUCCAGCUCCCACAGGGCAGCUCUUCUCCACUGGAAUUCUGCAGCCUCUCAGGAGCUGUGCAGCCAACAGAGACCCCUCCAGCUUUACCAGAAAAGAAGAGGAGAAGCGCAGCCUCUCAGACUUCAGACUCAGGCUGCAGGGUCUCAUAUGAGAGACACCCUUCACAAUAUGAUAACAUCUCAGAGGAUGAUAUGCAGAACGCAGGGUCUCUCUCAUCAGUACCCUGCACGCCAUUUGCUCCUAUUUUGCCCUUUCAACAAGGAAACUCUUCAGCACCAGUUGAAUUCAUUGCUGAUUUUGCUGCUCCAGAUUCUAACAGUGACCCAGAGAAACCACCACCUCUGCCAGAGAAGAAAAACAAACACAUGAUGGCGUACAUGCAGUUUGUAGAGGACUACUCAGAGCCACAGCCAUCCAUGUUCUACCAGACCCCGCAGAACGAGCACAUCUACCAGCAGAAGAACAAGCACCUCAUGGAGGUCUAUGGCUUCAACGACUCCUUUAUCAGCUUAGACCCUUCUCAAGAUCUGGCACCCCCUCCUGCUCUCCCACCGAAGCAGCGGCAGCUGAGUGAAAACGCCAGUGAGGAGGCUGGUGAGGGUGAAUACGUCAAUCUGUAUUCCUCUGGCCAGAGCAACGGGGAACUCCCUCAUUCUGGAGGAGAAUCUCCCUCUCUCAAAGACGGCCAUUCCAAAGACUCCACUUCAAACAGCAGUGCUAUGGGGAAGGAAGGCAAAGAUGGUGCUGAGAGGCAGCAGCAGUCACCAGAUGCUUUGGAAUCGUCACAGUUGGAGGAAGAAGUGGAUGAGCUCUCCCUUAUUGACCACAGUGAAAUUAUGGCUAGGUUAACACUGAAGCAAGAGGGAGAUGAUGGGCCAGAUGUCCGUGGUGGAUCUGGAGAUAUUUUGUUGGUGCAUGCAACGGAGACCGACAGGAAAGAUCUGGUGCUGUACUGUGAAGCCUUCCUGACUACAUACAGGACAUUUAUUACCCCUGAAGAACUCAUCAAGAAGCUGCAGUACAGAUAUGAGAAGUUUUGCCACUUCCCAGAUACGUUUAAGAAGCGAGUCAGUAAGAACACCUUCUUCGUGCUGGUGAGAGUGGUGGAUGAGCUGUGCUUAGUGGAGCUGACAGAGGAGAUUCUCAAGCUGCUGAUGGACCUGGUGUUCCGGCUGGUCUGCAACGGGGAGCUGAGCCUCGCCAGAGUGCUGCGCAAAAACAUCCUGGACAAAGUGGAUCAGAAGAAGAUGCUGAGAUACGCCAAUUCCAUCAAACCUCUUGCAGCCCGAGGGGUGGCAGCCAGACCGGGGACCUUGCAUGAUUUCCACAGUCAUGAAAUAGCUGAGCAGCUGACCCUCCUGGAUGCUGAACUCUUCUAUAAAAUCGAGAUACCAGAAGUUUUGCUUUGGGCAAAAGAGCAAAAUGAAGAGAAGAGCCCCAACCUGACGCAGUUCACAGAGCACUUUAAUAACAUGUCCUACUGGGUCCGUUCCAUAAUAAUGCUGCAAGAGAAAGCCCAAGACCGAGAGAGGCUGCUCCUUAAGUUUAUAAAGAUUAUGAAGCACUUACGAAAGCUGAAUAAUUUUAAUUCCUAUCUGGCCAUUCUUUCUGCACUGGAUUCUGCACCCAUCCGAAGGCUGGAGUGGCAGAAACAAACCUCGGAGGGCCUGGCUGAGUACUGCACACUGAUUGACAGCUCCUCAUCCUUCCGCGCCUACCGAGCUGCCCUGGCUGAUGUGGAACCUCCUUGCAUCCCAUACCUAGGCCUAAUUCUGCAGGACCUGACCUUUGUUCAUUUGGGAAACCCAGACUACAUCGACAGCAAGGUGAACUUCUCCAAGCGCUGGCAGCAGUUUAACAUCCUGGACAGCAUGAGGUGCUUCCAACAGGUACAUUACGACAUCAAGAGGAACGACGACAUCGUGUCAUUCUUCAACGACUUCAGCGACCACCUGGCAGAGGAGGCCCUGUGGGAACUGUCCCUCAAAAUCAAACCUCGGAACAUUACAAGGCGGAAAACAGACCGGGAAGAGAAAACUUAGGAAGAGGGUUUGUGCGAGCGAGGAGAAUUGCUCGGCAGGCGCACAGAGGGCAGCUAUGAGACUGGAGUUCAGUAUUUGUACCUGUUACGGGGUGACACAGCCUCUCUCCGGGCUGGCAGCGACUUCGGGGCUGUGAGCGUUGGCAGAGCGGUGGCCGCCGUGCGGACGGCAGCAGGCUGAGAGCGCGCAGCGCUCGCCUCCCUCCUCCUCCCAUCCCUCUGUGCCAUCGAGCAGCUUUUCCACCAGGGAGAGAGCUUUGUGGAAGGAGGGUCCCAGGCAAGUGUGUUACUGAUGGUGUUUGGAAACACGCGGGCUUUUGUCUUCAUCCAGGACAGAGGAUGAGCAGAGCUCGGCGCCCACGGGCUCAUCUCCGCCGUGGUGUUCAGCAGACAGUAGCUGAGGCUUUUCCCAGGAAGAUGGGGCUGAAGGAGCCCCGCUGCCUGCCGGAGGGCUGGGCUUGUUUACAAGGGGCUUCAGUUUGCCCCAGAUCUCUCUCGCCUUCUCAGUGGGGUGAAGGCACCGCUAAUGGAUACAGAAGAGGCACUGAAUGGUGGGCAGGGAGCCGCCGUCUCCAGCCAUCGUACCCCCUCCUCCUCUCAGAUCUCACUAUUUAAGCCACAGUGAUCCCUCUGACCCCUGGAAAUGUUGAUAGCCGUGGUACCGCGCUCACCUGCCCUGUGGGCCCGUAUCUUGUAGUGAUGGUACUAGCUUUUGCACAGUAAAUUCUGUAGUAUAUGACUGUAAAUAUUAGUACUUAGAAUCCAUUGGAGAUUUUUCUUUUUGAUGCAUGUCUGAAUACCGAUGGGUUUAUAGGAAAAAAAAAAA